AUCUUUGAACCGAAGAAUGCAUACUAUUGACGCAUGGGAUAACCGGCAUUAUUUUGUGUUACUGUGUUUUUGUGUAUUUGAAAUCGAUUAAGUACUGUAGAAGGCUUAAUUUUUUCUCGAGACUGCGCAUCGAUAAGUGUGAAUUGAAAUGUGUAACUAACACAAAAUAUUAUUGUGUUGGCGUAAACAACUAUUGCAUUUAGGAAGCCGAAAAGUGCAUUUAUUCCAUUAAUAAUGAAUCACCCUAUGGAACUUGAUGUGUGGGCAGGCGAUUGGGGGCUAGCUUCAGUUGAUUUACAUUGUCUAGAAGUAAUGGCGUAUGCAACAUUUUGCGGGGUACCUCUGCAGUAUAAUGCAACAAAUAAUCCGUUUCGGACGCCAAAAGGAAAACUGCCUGUAUUCAGGCAUGGAAGUCAUGUUAUAUGUGGUUUCGACGAAAUAUGUAGUUAUCUAAGGAAGAAGAAUUUCAUUGCUGAUUAUCUGCUGAUUCCAAAGCAACAAGCAGAAAUUGUAGCGUUUUCGGAACUUCUUAAACAAAAGUUAUAUCCAAGUUUGCAGUUUGCUUGGUGGGUAGAUGAAAAAAAUUACAUAGAAUUAACAAGACCAUGGUAUUCAAAGGCACUUCCAUUUCCUUACAACUAUUACUACCCAGGAAAGUAUGAGAAAGAGGCAAAAAACAUGAUGUCAGCUUUAUUUGGAGAGGAUGAAGAAUUCUCUGCUCUGGAAGCAAAUGUCUAUAGUGAAGGAGAAAAGUGUUUGAAUGACCUAUCUACACGACUUGGUGAAAAUGAUUUCUUCUUUGGGUCUCAUCCAACAUCAUUAGAUGCAAAAGUGUAUGCAUAUUUAGCACCUCUCUUAAAAGCACCAUUUCCUAAUGCUGCUCUUCAGAAUCAUUUGAAAGCAUGUGACAAUUUGCUCAAAUUUGUUGUCAGAGUGUCACAUAGGUAUUUCCCUAAAGCAGUACAAGAUUAUGAAAUGAAGAAGCUUUCUGAGAAUAAUGAGAGAGCCACCAGUAAGGAAAGUGACUUUCCUAAUAAAAGGAGGAAUCAGAUACUAGCUGGACUCUUUGCAACUGUGGCAAUGACUGGCUAUGCACUAUCUACAGGGUUAGUUGGGGUGAAGUUGAAAGAUGACGACGAUGAUGACUCAGAAGAACUUGCAGAGUAUCAAGACUUAUUUGAGAAUUCUGAAAAUACUGACAGUUAGUAAUGCAAAGGAAUUUUUGUGAACAUAUUGUGGUGCUGUUAAACAAGCCUUAUACAAUGUUUGUAUGGCAAAUGUUAUUUAUUUUAGUAUAUAAUAUACUUGUACCUCAGCAGCAUUUUAACGUGUUGCGGCUUUCACUUCUUCGAGGAAACUACGGGAGUUAUGUAUUGUAGUUCCUCCUAGAACUAUCCUCACUCCCAAAUUUUUGUUCAGCUGAUACACAGUCAAAGACUCUUCAUACGUGGCACCACCAACUAUGAAGACUAUAAUGUCCUGUGGCCUGCAAAAAUGUCAACAUUGUUUUAGCAAGCGUUUAUUAAUAUCUUAACACUAAGAAAUGUGUCAGCACUGCAGAAAGUCAAAAACUGAACAGUUAUGAGCACGAGGUCUUUAAAUCACAUUUCCUCAGCAGUGUUGCUUAAAUAACCCCUUUCCUUGAAGUGCAGUGCUUCAACUGUUGAAUAUUUGUAAAUAAACAUAAAUUAAAUUAUUUC